AUGCUGGUGCUGCCGGCACCAAAGCUGGAUGCUCAUCCGAGCAGCCUCGUCAGAUAUCUCAGCCUGCACCGCUUCUCUUCCCUGGCGCACUUUGCUGGACACAUCCUGGACAGCCAAGCUGACCUCAGCGUGUACACAGCCGCAGCCAGUCUGCAAGCACUGUCCUAUUUCUCAGGCCCAGCCGAGCAGUGCCUUGCGCUUGCAAGGGCGCUCCUUGGCACGUCCCGGGCAGAUUUGCGGUCUGAACAGCUACAUGGCAGAGAAAUUCCUCUUGGAGCAGUCAUUGACAGACUGGUGCAGCGUGGGCAGCAGGGAGCAGCCCUUGCUGCGGAGCUGCUCUGUCUGACAGCCCUGUCAGCAGAGUGGGGCGCAGUGACAGGCCGUAUGAUCAAAGACUUCCAUGCUCUCUGUGCGGCUUCAUCCCUUGUUGCAUCCAGCGCUGCACACACCAGCCGUUUGCCACUGCAGCUGGAUGGGGAGAAAUGCCUCUUUGAGUCAUGUCAGCACCCUGCAGCGGUCAGUGCGCUUCGCAAGCGCGACAGGACACCCUUUAAGACUUCAGAGGUGCAUGAGGGUGCGGAAGCUGGAGAGCAGCUGCCAGGCAGCUACGAAGACCAGGAUGAGGCGCAGCAUGACCCAAAGAGGCCGAGGCUUGGGGAGACAUCUGCAGAGACUAAAAUGCAGAGGCCGGCAGCAGACAGGAGCAGCACAGACAGUGAAGCAGCCGGGCAGGAGGCUCUUGCACUUGCAGAGUGCAUUCUCUCUGGUGAUUUCAGCAAUGAUUGGAGUGGAAGUGCGGCAGAGGCAUGCAGCUCAGGCAGGGAGCUGCAGGACGCUAUGGUGGCUGUGCACCCAGCUUUGAUGGCAGAACUGGCAAGGAAAUCUUUCCGAGCAUGCCGCGCAUAUCUUUCCCUGCUGAUCAAGCAGCCGGAUGAUGGCUUGCAGGCAGCGGUUGCCGGCAUCUUGCACAUGCUCAGGUUGGGUGGCAGGCCUGCUGAGUUGACCAAGCUGUCCCUCACAGCCAUCCACUUGCAGAGCACAGACUGA